AUGUCAACCAUAAUCUUCGUCGGCAUUCUAAAAACCGAGCAAAGGGAGUACUGUUUGAUACCUAGAUUACCAAACAAUCGGCAAUCGGGGUUGGCGUUGCCCGCCAUUCUAUCUUGGCAAAGUCCGAUAAGCGAAAGCCUCGCUUAUGUAACAACCGCUUCCCCACAAACACCCCCACACAAGCCCCUCCAAGCAUCGCUGCCUUGCCCAUCAUCGUCAUCAGCCAACCAUCGGCUUGUCGCAUUCCCUCCAAACCCAACCACCAAACCACUAUCGCGACCACCACCAUUGCGAUCAUCGCCAUCGCAACCCCUUCUUCCGAACAACAACAACCUCCCUAAAUUCCAAGUCCUUCCCAGGCCCAAAAAUCGCCAAAAUGAACCGUCUCUUCGGCACCCCCGCCCCAAAAGCCCCCAAACCAACCCUCAACACCGCCAUCACCUCCCUCGACACCCGCAUCUCCUCCAUCGACGUCAAGCUCUCCGCCCUCAACGCCGAGCUAACAACCUACCAAACCAAGCUCUCCAAAAUGCGCGACGGCCCCGGCAAGACCGCCCUAAAGCAAAAAGCCCUCAAAGUCCUCCAGCGCCGCAAACAAUACGAAGCCCAGCGCGACCAGCUCCAAUCCCAAGUCUGGAACAUGGAGCAGGCCCAGACAAUGCAGGACAACCUCAAAAACACAAUGGUCACCAUCGACGCACUAAAGCAAACAAACAAGGCCCUGAAAAAAGAGUACGGCAAGGUCGACAUCGACAAGAUUGA